GCUAUACCACGAUUUGACCAUGUCGAGACGGAGCCCGUUGCCGGCAAUAUGGAGUCGAGAACAAGUUCUAUCGCUGGGCAAGAUAUUGCUCCAUCGACUAUAUAAUCGACUUAGUCCCAGAUGCCACCUCGACUCAUCCUUAGCUUCACCAUCCCUCCAGGUUUACAACUUCUUUACCUCGAAGAUAAACCAGCAUCAUGUUGUCCCUCGCCGUGUCGGCCGCCCUUCUCGGGCUCGCGUCUGCCCAGCAGGUCGGAAAGGAGCAGACCGAGACGCACCCUAAGUUGUCUUGGAAGAAGUGCACCAGCGGUGGUUCCUGCACCCAGACCAACGCUGAGGUGACCAUCGACUCCAACUGGCGAUGGCUUCACACCCUCGAAGGCACCAAGAACUGCUACGACGGUAACAAGUGGACCUCGGAGUGCAGCACUGCCGACGACUGCGCCACCAAGUGCGCCAUCGAGGGUGCCGACUACAGCAAGACCUACGGUGCCUCCACCAGCGGCGAUGCUCUUACCCUCAAGUUCCUGACCAAGCACGAGUACGGAACCAACAUCGGAUCCCGAUUCUACCUCAUGAACGGUGCCGACAAGUACCAGACCUUCAACCUCCUGGGUAACGAGUUCACCUUCGAUGUCGACCUGUCUACCGUCGACUGCGGUCUCAACGCCGCUCUUUACUUCGUCGCUAUGGAGGAGGACGGCGGCAAGGCCAGCUACCCCAACAACAAGGCCGGUGCCAAGUACGGUACCGGUUACUGUGACGCUCAGUGCGCCCGCGACCUGAAGUUCGUCGGUGGCAAGGCCAACGUUGAGGGAUGGGAGCCGUCCACCAACGACAACAACGCCGGUGUUGGCCCUUACGGCGCCUGCUGUGCCGAAAUCGACGUCUGGGAGUCCAACUCUCACUCUUUCGCUUUCACCCCUCACCCUUGCACCACCAACGAAUACCACGUCUGCGAGAAGGACUCGUGCGGUGGUACCUACUCCGAGGACCGAUUCGCUGGCAAGUGUGACGCCAACGGCUGCGACUACAACCCUUACCGUAUGGGCAACACCGACUUCUACGGCAAGGGCAAGUCCCUCGACACCAGCAAGAAGUUCACUGUUGUUACUCAGUUCGCCAAGGACAAGUUGACUCAGUUCUUCGUCCAGGACGGCAAGAAGAUUGAGAUCCCCGGCCCCAAGAUCGACGGUUUCCCCGCCACGAGCGACAUCACCCCCGAGUACUGCACAGCCGAGUUCGGCGUCUUCGGAGACCGUGACCGCUUCAAGGAGGUUGGCGGCUUCGACCAGCUCAACAGCGCGCUUGGCUUACCCAUGGUCCUUGUCAUGUCCAUCUGGGACGACCACUACGCCAACAUGCUUUGGCUCGACUCUAGCUACCCCCCCGAGAAGGCUGGCCAGCCCGGUGGCGACCGUGGCGACUGCGCCCCCGACUCCGGUGUCCCCUCCGACGUCGAGGCCAGCAUCCCCAAUGCCAAGGUCGUCUGGUCCAACAUCCGCUUCGGACCCAUCGGCUCUACCGUCACCGUCUAAGCAACUGGUUAGAAGGCCAGAGUUUCACAGUCGUAUAUAUUCUACCAAUGUAUAUAUCUACCCUUCGUAUCAGAUUGUUCCCCUGAGUUAGCUAGAGGGAGAGAGAAUAAAAGGAUCGGGCUGUUAUUGAAAAUAACUAACUAUUAUUUUG